CAGGCGCUGUGCAGGAGGGCGGGGCGAGCGCACCAUGGCGGGCCCGGGGCUGGUGGCCGGGGACGUGGUGGUGGACGCGCUGCCCUACUUCGACCAGGGCUACGAGGCGCCGGGCGUCCGUGAGGCGGCCGCGGCGCUGGUGGAGGAGGAGACGCGGCGGUACCGGCCGACGAAGAACUACCUCAGCUACCUGCCGGCGCACGACUACAGCGCCUUCGAGACCGAGAUCAUGCGCAACGAGUUCGAACGCCUGGCGGCCCGGCAGCCCUUGGAGCUGCUUAGCAUGAAGAGGUACGAGCUGCCGGCCCCCUCCUCUGGCCAGAAGAACGAUAUCACGGCGUGGCAGGAGUGUGUGAACAACUCCAUGGCGCAGCUGGAGCACCAGGCCGUCCGCAUCGAGAACCUGGAGUUAAUGUCGCAGCACGGUUGUAACGCUUGGAAGGUGUACAACGAACAUCUGGUUCAUAUGAUAGAACAAGCCCAGAAAGAGCUUCAGAAAUUGAGAAAAAACAUUCAAGAUCUGAACUGGCAACGAAAGAACAUGCAACUCACAGCUGGGGCUAAACUACGAGAAAUGGAAUCUACAUGGGUUUCUCUUGUCAGUAAAAACUAUGAGAUUGAACGAACUAUUGUGCAGCUAGAAAAUGAAAUUUCACAAAUCAAACAGCAGCAUGGGGAAGCAAACAAGGAGAAUAUCCAGCAAGACUUCCAGUGACUUAAUCUUUACUGUCUUACCACAGCAUAUGUUAAAAAAUCAAAAGUAAAAAUCUGGAGAUGCUCUGUGUUUGUGGACACCUCUAGUUGCAGUUGAGUAAGGCCAUAAAAGGGUGUUUUCAUUGUUCCUUUUCCUUGUUUUAAAUUCUAGGAGUAGGUAGGGUGGACUCAAAAUGUCCAAUUUGAAUGUAUUAAUGGGUGUGGUUAAAUGUACUGUUAAUUGUUUCACUUUUUAUAUACCUAAGGUAGGAGCUCCUAAAAAAAAAAAAGUUUCAUGCUUUUGUGUUUUCCCCUAUGCCUUUAAUAAAUAUUGUUUUGCUACCUGUA